AUGCUAAAGUAUUUAGAUGAUGUGGCGGUAAAAGGAUACAAGCUAGUAACAAUGCUUGUACGCAGUAAGUUUUCAACAUAACGCAGUGUACAAAUAAAUCAUGAUAUGUAUAUGGAAUCAACGGCUCCGGCAAGUCUCUGAAGAAAGUUUUUAAACAAUUAGCUACAUCAAUAGCAUGGUGUUUCUCUCCUAAACUGCCUCCGUUAUCUAAACGAGCUAUCAACUCCUUUUGUCUAAGCUGCGAUCCGGCUUUCCUGAAUAAUCCCUCCUGGGUAAUAUACUUCUCUAAAAAUGUGGAUGCUUGACUGACAAAAACAGGCACAUGUACAAUAGCACCGGAAGACAAAUUCACGACAUCCAACGGUUGAUACAACAAAGAUGUCUUGAAGACCUUUUUUGAAAUGCGUUUCCCUUCGGAGUUUUCUGUUUUGAACGUAUUCUUCUUAAAGCGAUAUUUAAUUCCGUAAUUACGAAGAUCACUGACAAUCGAAUGGUAUACCCUUUCUUUAUGUAGAACAUCGUAAAUCAACAUAUUUGUAUUUCGUGAAUAGAGAUUAUUUGAUCAUCAAAUUACGGUGAAAUUUUUAAAAUAUAAUCUUUUGUUUACGAACUAUACAGUUUUCAUAUUCGUACAAACACAGUCAAACGUAUAAUCAUUUUAAGAUUACCACGUAACUAGCGUACAAUAUUGCCAACCACGCAAUAUUUCUCAUGAAAUGAAACUAAGGCAUUAAUAGGAAAUAUUAAAUUUUCUAAUUAUUUUGAAAAUGAAUACAGUUGCAUUUGUACUUAAACUGUACAAAUAUGUAGAAUAUAUUUUACGUGUGAAAUUAUAAUUUAUAUUAUAUUAUAUAGUAAGUGGAACUAUAGACUAAAAAUAUAAAUCAUCACUAGAUUGCAUAUUAUAGUCUAUAAACUAGAGAUAUGAAUUAUCGCUAGAUUGAACAUAUACAUACUAUAAACUAGAGAUAUGAUUUAUAUAUAUAUUUAUAUUUAUAUAUAUAGAAAAUUUAUAUCUGCAAGAAUAUCCAGGAUAUAAAAUACUUAUUAUAAUAUUUAAAGAUUAAAACAAAUUUUUAUUUAGGUUCUAUUUCUUUAAUGGCGUUUAUAAAGAUAUAAAUUUGUACAAAUUGCAUAUUAAUUUGAACGUGAAUUAUUAGUUGCUAAUUUCAUAUGAUUUAAAAAUCAUAAUUGUUAUUCUUGAGUAAAAAACUUUUCUCGCGUUUAGUUUUGAUUUUGAUCACUAUUAUGUAUUCGAAGUAAUUUUAAUUGAUAACGCGAGAUAUUAGUUCUACAUUUUAUCUUAUCUAUGAUAUUACUGUAAGGACGCGGGAAGACAAUUCACGCAAUUUAUUUGAAUCUCAAAUAUUUCAUUCUUCUCGAACGUUGAAUCCUAAACAUUUCAUUCUGUUUCCAUUUUAUAUCGUUCGCGAAACAAUUUGUAAAAUUUCUAAAGAGUUAUUAUGUUUCCAACGAAUAUGCUUAAAUAUCGACAAUGUCUGUUCGAUAAAUUAACUAGCCGAUAUAUAAAAUAUCAAUGUAUCAAUUGUUUUUCAGUAACAAAUCAACAACGUUUGAUACAAUCAUUACGUACGUUAUCGUUUUCACCUGUUUAAUUUUUCUAAAUUAAAUUAUUUAUUUUGCAUAGUUUCGUCAGUUAAAAAUACAGAACCUAGACUCACGCAAAAUACACUCUGGUACCGGCUAUUUUAAAUUGUCGUCUAUGAAACUGUAUGUAGCGACAUUCCCGGAUAUUUUCAGCAUUGAGAAGCAACAAAAUUUCUAUUCUUUUUUUUCGUUUUAAAUUACAAUGUAAAUAACAAUUUCGUAAAAUACUUUAAUUGACGUCAUCUAUAAAACUUACCGCAGAUCAAUAAACGUCCACAGAACAUAUAUGUAAUUCUCUUUCUCUAUAAACGUGAACUUAUGUAUUCAGAACGGUACAAGCUUGAUCUAAGUUUAGAAAUUGAUUUUGUAUCCAAAUAGCACUACUAUAAAGUAGACAAUUCUUAUAUAGUUAGAGACAAUAGUUCAUGGUAAUCCUAAAAUCCUUGUUACAUGACAACAAUAGCAAUAAUAAAUAUCAUUUUUUAAGACGUACUUAAAUUAAAUUGCCUAUAAAUUUCUUUUACAGCAUUAGACCAAUUGAGGGAGAGAAAUAUGCAAACAGUACGAUUAUUGUCAGGAUAUGAUAUGCCCACAGUGGGUUUGGGUACAUGGCAGGUGAUUUAACUGUUUUGUUGAAACAAAGUUAUUAUUUAAAGGAACCUUGUCAUUUUUUUUAGAUUAAUUGAUAAUUUUCGUUUAAAUUCGUAUGAUGUUACACAUCUGUUCUGUAGGCUAAGCCUGAAGAAAUUGAGAAAGUUGUAACAACUGCUCUGGAUGUUGGCUACAGACACAUUGAUACCGCAUUUAAUUACAAUAACGAAGAAGCAAUAGGAUCCGUAUUAAAAGAAUGGUUUAAAAAAGGUGGGAAGCGUGAAGAUCUUUUUAUUACCUCAAAGUUACCCAAUUUUGGUAAUCGACCAUCAGAUGUAGAAAGAUUCCUUAAUUUAUCAUUGAAAAGGCUUGCUCUGGAUUAUUUGGAUAUGUACUUAAUUCAUAUGCCUUUUGCCUUUAAAUUAAAUGAAGAUACUUGUACUUCAGCAACUAAUGAAGAUGGUAGUUUUGUGCUGGAUCUCAAUACAGAUCAUGUUUCAGUGUGGAAGGAAAUGGAAGAACAAGUAAGAAAAGGUCGCACAAAGUCAAUAGGUUUGAGUAACUUCAACGAAAAACAAGUCUUAAAUGUAUGGGAGAAUGCACAAAUUAAACCGAGUAACUUGCAAGUAGAGUUACAUGUAUACUUACAACAGAAUUCGCUACGACAAUUGUGUCAAACGCACAACAUCAUUAUAACAGCCUACAGCCCUUUGGGGUCACCAGGAGCUAAAACGCAUUUUCAAACGAAAUAUAAUCAUAACAUUGAAGACUUUCCAGAUGUUCUGGGACAUCCAAUAGUACAAAAAAUAAGCACAGAACAUAAACGAUCACCAGCACAAAUUUUGUUGCGUUACUUACUGCAAUUGGGGGUCGUCGUAAUUCCAAAAAGUAAAUCUCCUGAGAGAAUCAAGGCGAACAUUGACUUGUUUAAUUUCUCACUGAACGAAGAAGAGACGAGGACCUUAAGUACUGCAAUCUAUACAGCAUUUUACGUUGCAUACGAUGUUGAAGUUCCCCACGUCGUAUCAUUGUGUGAAUAACUUUGUAAAUAGCACGUUCUGGAUAUGCUUGUUUUACGAAAUCUUUAACAAUAUUUUGCUCUGAUACUUGAUUUCCGAUUGGAAAUCUACGUUUCAAUUGUUUCUCGAUACGUGAUAACAUUUCAUGAUCUUCAUCCGAGAUUACCAGCUAACGAUCCAGACAUUGCAGCAUCUAAAGUAGAUACUUGGAAAAGCCUAAGCGCUUCGUUCACGUGAAUUUCCGUGGCGAAGGGCUGUAAUUGCAUUUUAGCUAAAGAUUCUGAAAUCCUUAUGAUAGCUUCCAAUUGACGUACUGUUAUGGGAAUAGAUAAUCUUUUCUCUAUAUCUUUCUCAUGCUCUCUGGUGCUAGCUCGCAUAACAACAUAACGAUUUUUUAAUUUCUCUCCUGCCUCUUUGCUAAGUCUCGGACCACAACGA